GGGACAGGGAGGAGAAGGAGAGGGAGUGAGAGAGAGCCACGGAAAGAGGGGCGCACGACCCCGCCGCCGCUCCACGCAGCCCCUGUGCCCCUCCUGCUGGGACCUCGACCAGGAAGGAACCCCGACCCAGAGGAAGGCUGCGGAGACCCUGGGCGGUUCUCUCCGAGUCCUAGGCUCCGUCCCUAAUUCAUCUCCCAUCCCCACCCUGACCAGUGCCACCCUGGUCCCCGCAGGGAGCCGUUUCCUGAGGCUGGUUAGCCCUGCGCCGGUGGAAAUUGCGCGCGAUGGCCGUGACGAUGCUGCAGGACUGGUGCAGGUGGAUGGGCGUCAGCGCUCGAAGGGGUCUGCUCAUUCUGGGCAUCCCGGAGGACUGUGAUGAAGCCGAACUCCAAGAGUCUCUGGAGGCCGCCCUGUGGCCCAUGGGCCACUUCACCGUGCUGGGCAAAGUGUUUCGAGAGGAGGAUAAUGCCACUGCAGCCCUGGUAGAGCUUGACCAGGAUGUCAACUAUGCUUUGGUCCCCAGGGAAAUCCCGGGCACCGGUGGUCCCUGGAACGUAGUCUUUGUGCCCCGUUGCUCAGGCGAGGAGAUUCUCAGUCGCGUGUUCCACUUCCUGGAGCAACAGGGGCAGACGGUGGAGAGUGUGGCUGGGGCCCUGGGCCUGGGGCUGCGCCGGGUGUGCUGGCUCCGAUCGGUCAGUCAGGCUGUCCAGCCCUGGGUGGAGACCAUGCGGUACCAGCGCCUGGGCAUGUUUUCUGGGAGGGAUCAGCCCGCCCCUGGGGAGGAGUCCUUUGAGGCCUGGCUCGACCACACCACUGAUAUGCUACAUGUGUGGCAGGGGGUCUCGGAAAGGGAGAAGAGGAGGCGGCUGAUGGAAGGCCUUCGAGGGACAGCCCUGCAGCUCGUGCAUGGGCUCCUGGCAGAAAACCCUGCCAGGACAGCUCAGGACUGCCUGGCGGCCCUGAUCCAGGUGUUUGGAGACAACGAGUCCCAGGCGACCAUCCGGGUGAAGUGUUUGACAGCUCAGCAACAGUCAGGGGAGCGACUCUCUGCUUUCGUGUUGCGGCUGGAAGUCCUGCUGCAGAAAGCCAUCGAGAAGGGGGCCCUGGCCAGAGCCUCAGCUGACCAUGUGCGCCUGAGGCAGGUGCUCACCAGAGCCAACCUUACUGAGCCGCUGGAUGAAGCGCUGAGGAAGUUGAGAAUGGUUGGGAGGUCUCCAAGUUUCCUAGAGAUGCUGGGGCUUGUUCGGGACUCUGAGGCAUGGGAGGCCAGUCUAGCCAGGAAUGAGAGAGCCCAGGCAGAGGAAGGGUCAGGUGCUCAGGCUGAUACCAGAGCCAAUGGUAAGGCGGAGGAUGACAAGGUGGAGGAGAAAGAGCAGGAGGAGCGAGAGUCUGAGGAGGAGGACAGUGAUGACCGUGAUGCUGUCCCUGCGGGCCUAGGUCAGGCAACACCCUCAGAGGCCCCUGGGGGCCCCCGCCCUGCCCAGAUGGGCAGCAUUUCCAGAGGGGGCCCAGGAGGUCCAGGCUGUGAGCCAGAGGACUUUGCCCAGGCAGGAGACCGGGAGGCUGGGGAGCCCCUGGAAAACGGGCUCAAGCCCAUCCCAGAGGAGCCGGGAAACGAGGACGGGGCUGGGGAGAUGAGCCCCCCCAAGUCCUCCUCCAGCAAGUAGGCUCAGAGGGCCCAGGGGCCCCCUCCCCUCCCAGGCCGCAGAGCUCUGGAGGCAGGGGGAGGCCA